AUGGCACGUCAAAAAACGGCAAAUGUUAACAACAAACCGAAAUCCUCGCAGUCUAAGGAAUCGAGGAAGGAUAAAGAAAGUGUCAAACCCGUAAAGUCAGAGAGGGGAUGUCUUUCUAGAAUGAUCCGAUCCAUAUACAAACUCACCCUUACACUUGGCGUCGUCGUUUUUCUUGCUGCAACUGUUGGAAUUCUUCUCAACUGUGCUGAUGGUGCGAAAAAUAUAAAGGGUAGCAAGCCACUUUGUGCAGAUUUAACGAGAUUAUCUGAGUUCAAAGGCCCAUCUCCUUUGUUCUUUACGAACGCUCGGAAUACGUACAGCACUGUGUUGCACGGAUACUGGGGUCGUAUACAGCCAUCGGUGCAUGCUCUGCAGAAGAAAUGGAAUGAGUAUUAUCGUGAAUUUGUCAAAUCGGACAUUGGCAUCACCGUUGACAGGCAAGAGCUAGGCUUCUUUUGUUCGUUUAUUGAACGAAAUGUCUAA